AUAUUUAUAUUUUAAUUAAAAACAAAUAAAAUUAUCUCAUUACCCUCACCCUCCCAAUCCCUUUUCUUCCCCUUCUUUCUUUCUCUUUCUUUCUUUCUUAGCCUGGGUCUCCGUUAGAUUCCGAUGGCUGGGUUCAACGAAACCCAGAUUUGCUGGGUCUCAUCGAACCCAACCUGGUUGGGUUUCCCCAAACCCAACAAGGCUGGGUUUCGACGAACCUUGCUGGGUAUCGCUAGGUUGGCUGGGUUUGACAAGACCCAGCCAGGCUGGGUUUCCCCGAACCCAGCAAGGUUGGGUUUCCCCGAACCCAGCCUUGCUGGGUUCAAUGACAAAGAAUUCCAAAUUUCUCAAGUUCUCCUGAGAAAAGAGAAGAAGAAGAAAUGGGUUAAGAUCGGUUUUGUAGAUGAAGUGGAGAUGAGAGAGCAUUUAGAGAAGAUGAAGAAAUGGGUUAAGAUUGAUUCUGCAGAUGGAGUGGAGAUUGAUUUUGCAGAGAGGAGCGAGCUCAUUGACGAUCGGCGAGAGGCUCUGUGCGGUGCGGCGUUCAUUCCGUUCGUUAGCUUGGUUGAAGCUCUCAUCUUCAGCCUAACUUCUUGCUUCCACCGUCGCUCUCCUCCUCCCCUCCGCUGCACCUUCGACGACAUCGUCCACCUCGCCAAACAUCUCCUUGUGUUCGGCAUCAACGAUGUGGAGGCCUUAUACGAAUUGGUCAUUCCAUUAACCAAUGCACAAUCUUAGGUUGGGUUUGGUAGGCCAUAAUGUAAUGCAAUAUCCUGCCAUUUAACUAGCUGAAGAAAGUAUUGUUUUCUAAACAGUUUACCCAGUUUUGGGUGUUUCUUCGUUCAUCUUUGGAAUUUGUCUUCUCUUUUUUAGGAGCAUCACCACAAUCUUUCCAAGCUUUAUUUUCAACACUGAAGUGGACGAUUGAUACCAAGCAACUUCAAUUAUGUUCAACACCAUGGUUGCUAGGAACUUCUGCUAGGAAAGCUUAGUGCUGAAAUCAAAGAUCUAGGAUCCUGCUGCAUCAGAAGUGAACCGACAAAGAAAUCUUCAUUUCUUUUUGCUUGACGAUCGUCUCCAGCUGCCUCCUUCGCUGGAACAUUACAAGGGAGUCAGGCAGCUUGUUGGGCUAUGAAUGAGAUUUGUUUUAUUCUUUUUCCAUCAUCAGAGACUGUAUCACUUGUUGUUCAACUGUUCAAAGGCCUCAUUGUAAACAUUGAUUUAUAGGCUUGAUCCCAACCCUCUACAAUUAAUGGUAUUCGGGUGAUUCCUCUACAGAGGUGAGGGAUCGGAGUUGAUGGAAGGAUAUUUUUUCUAAACAUGAAAACAGGAGGGUCUUCUAUAAUCAUCCCAUCGAUCCACUGUAUUACUCCAUUUCUCAAAUGUUCGAACUGAAUUACACAAGAGUAAACAAUUUUCUAGCUUGUAUAAUGUCAGAAUUUGAUCCUGGGGUCGUCUUAUCUGAACAUCGGCAAAGCAAUGGAUUUAUGGAUGCUCAAUUUGAGCUUGUGUUCUCCAGCUUAUGAAAGCUUUUGCUGCUUCAACCUCAAUCUUUACUUCGAUGGUUGAUUGGUGCUGAAAGGAUUCUUUGGCAAAGUUCAAAAAACUUACUUAAAAGCAAAUUUAUCUCCUAAAUUUAAAAUUUUAUUUAAAAAAUUCCAAAAUUAACUUUUAAGGUAAGCUUUUAGCAAAAUUUGAUAAAGCUACGUAUCCAAU